AUGACACUCUAUUUGGUGACAGAUGCAUUUCGUAAACUUGGCUCACCGGCUAUUAAAAAUGACGACUUUUAUGAUCGAUUAAGUCGUAAAUAUUCAUUAAUUAUUCUUGGUGUUUCGUUUUUAAUUAUUAGCACAUCACAGUUUAUGGGCAGCCCAAUCAACUGCUAUACACAAAAUGUUCCUGGUGCACAUGUUAGUUACGUUAAUUGGGUUUGCUGGAUAAGUCCGAUGUAUCAUGUACCAUUUGACAAACCGUUGCCAAAAGGUCAUGCUAAGCCGCACGAAUACAUCUCAUAUUAUCAAUGGGUACCAUUUAUUUUACUUUCAAUGAUGUUUCUUUUCUAUUUACCUGGUUUUAUAUGGCGUAAUCUUAAUAAAGCAUGUGGUAUUAAUACAAAAGUUAUUAUUAAAAUGAUUACAGAUAUGGAUCAAUUGGAUGGUGAAAAAAGAGAAAAAACUGUGCGAGCUUUAGCUAAACAUAUUGAUAAAGCUUUAGCUUAUCAUCGAGAAUAUGAAUAUGGAUUUAUAUAUAGUAUUCGUCGACGUAUGGGUCUAUUAUUUUGUUGUAUAAUGGGUCGCCAUUCGGGAAAUUAUUUAGCAGUGACAUACAUUUUCGUUAAAUUGCUUUAUAUUGCAAACGCUAUUGGCCAAAUAUUUCUUAUGAACGUAUUUAUGGGUCAUGGAUUUAGUUUUAUUGGUAUUGAUACAAUGAAACAUUGGUGGAAUGGACCAAGUAAAAAUGAUACUGAACGUUUUCCGCGAAUAGCAAUGUGCGAAUUUUCUAUUCGAGCACUUGGUGACAAUCUUCAAGAUUUUGAAGUUCAAUGUCUUCUACCGAUUAAUAUAUAUACUGAAAAAAUUUUCAUAUUCAUUUGGUUUUGGUUUGCAAUUGUAGCUUGUGCAUCAAUCUAUGGUCUUGUUAAAUGGUGCCUGUAUUUUACAGAAUGUGCACGAAAAAAUUUCAUUCAAAAAUAUUUAGAAGCAAAUGAAAUCCGUUAUUAUACAUCAACGCCAUCAUCAUUAUCAUCAACUGGCAUCGGUUCAAAUUGUGAUCCAGAUGAUCAAGCACCAAUGAAAUGCUUAGAAGAUUUUGUUAAUAAUUAUUGUCGUCAAGAUGGUCUGCUUCUUUUACGUAUUAUUAAAAAAAAUACAAAUAAAGUUAUUGCUGGUGAAAUUAUUUGUGCACUAUGGGAUAAUUGGAAAGUAAUGCCUCAGAUUCGGUUUCAUGCAUCGUCAGAAUCGGAUCAUUGUGGUCAAAUGCUCAAUUUAAGUGUGAAAAAUCCAUUGAAACAACGUGAUACUGGUGAUGUAAAUGAAAAAUUACUACCACCAAUGUGA